AUGAGUGAACUGCCAUUGUAUAUUGUGGGUAAUGCCACUGAUCCGAUUUUGAUGAUUCAUUUCUCGGAAGUUUUCAUUAUUACUGGCACUUGCUACAACUUGAUCUUGUACAUGUUGAAGUUGACCAACAAGAUCUUGAAAGGAGAUGGAGUUCAGUUCUCGGAAAAUACUAGGCUGGUACAGAAACAGAUGACCAAAGUGUUGUACGUGCAGGUUGGUACAUAGGCAUUAUUAGCCCUAACCCAGAGCCAUAGCCCAGAGUUCUAUUCUAGAGCUCUAGCUCAGAAUCCUAGCUUAGAGCUCUAGUCCAGAGCCCUAGCCCAAAGCCCUAGCUUUAGCCCAGAGCCCUAGCCCAAAGCCCUAGCCCAGAGCCUUUGCCUAAUGCCCUAGCCCAGAGCCUUAACCCAGAGCCCUAGUCCAGAGCUCUAGCCCGGAACCCUAGUGGAGAGCCCUAGCCCAGAGCCGUAUGCCAGAGCCCUAGCCUAGAACCCUAUCCCAUAGCCCUAGCCCAGAGCUUUAGUCCAUAGCUUUAGCCCAGAACCCUAGUUCCCAACCCUAGCCCAGAGCUCUCGCUUAGAACCCUAGCCUAGAGCCCUAGCCUAGAACCCUAGUCCAGAGUUUUAGGACCAAAGUACUAGAAUCAGUCCUAAUUUUACGUCUAGUUUCAGGCCUAGCCUCAGGCCUAGCCUAAAGGUAGCCUCAGGUCAAGUUUCAAGCCUAGUUUCAAACCUAGCUUUAGGCCUAGCCUCAGGCGUAGUCUCAACCCAAGCCUCAGCUCCAAUUUCAAAAUUAGCUUCAGCUUUAACUUCAAGAUUAGCCUCAGCUCUAACUUCAACCCUAGCCUUAAUGUUAACCUUAGUUCUAGACCCGCCAAUCUUUGCUCAAUAUCAUAUUAUCUCUACCACUGCUUUAGUCAUUACCUAGCCUUACUUUAUUUAUUAUUAUCUUAUUAUUAAUUUAUUUCAUUUUCAGGCCGCCUACCCCCUAGUAGUAGUUCUAAUACCCACCUUCCUGUUCACAUUCGCUGUUAUCACUGGAAGUGAAGUUCAACUUCUUGGAGAGCUCUCUUUCUUACUUGUGCACACCACUCCAGCUUUGAAUGCUUUGUCAGUACUGAUACUUAUGCCGUCGUACCGUAACUAUUUUCUAAGAUGCGUCAAUAUCAGGUCGAUCCGACCAGUUACAUCGGCGAACGACUCGACGAUGAAAAAGAGCCAAGCAAUGUCGACGGUUAGUACUACUGCACCAAUGGCUUAG